GGGGUCGCCUGCCCCAUGGGCGCCCCGCGACUCGUGCUCCUGCAGGUGUUCUUCCUGAUGUUCCUCGAGGGCGCCCGGCCUCAGCCCUCUUCUUCCGCAUCAGAGGCAGCGUCCCCCUCUCCGGACCAGGGGCCAGGGACGCAGAGCGGGACCCUCCAGUCGUCCUCGGAGGGCCCUGCCACUACCCCGGCGGCGCCUGGGAUCUCCACGGCGGGGCCUCCUCUCGUGAUCCCCUCGGCGCCUGGAAAUAAGACCGUGGACCUCUACCCGGUCUUGCCGAUCUGUGUCUGUGACUUGACUCCUGGUACCUGCGAUAUAAAUUGCUGCUGCGACCGAGACUGCUACCUUCUCCGUCCCAGGACGGUUUUCUCCUUCUGCCUUCCUGGCAGUGUGAGGUCUUCAAGCUGGGUGUGUAUAGACAACUCUCUGAUCUUCAGAAGUAAUUCCCCGUUUCCUUCAAGAGUUUUAGUGGAUUCAGAAGGAAUUAGGCGGUUUUGUGUCCAUGUGAAUGACUCAAAAUUAAACUAUUUCCAGAAGCUCCAAAAAGUCAAUGCAAGCAACUUCCAGGCCCUGGCUGCAGAGUUUGGAGGCGAACCAUUUACUUCAACAUUCCAGACCCAGUCACCACCACCAUUUUACAGGGCUGGGGACCCCAUUCUGACUUACUUCCCCAAGUGGUCUGUAAUAAACUUGCUGAGACAGCCUGCAGGGGUUGGAGCUGGGGGACUCUGUGCUGAGAGCAAUCCUGCAGCUUUCCUAGAGAGCAAAAGUACAACCUGCACUCGUUUCUUCAAGAAUCUAGUAAGGAGCUGUACCUUGGAUUCAGCUCUUGAUGCUGCCUCUUACUAUAACUUCACAGUCUUGAAGGUUCCAAGAGCUGUCACUGAUCUGCAGAACAUGGAGCUCCAGGUUCCUGUAACACUUAUCUCACAGGCUGGUCCUCCUCUGUUGGCUGGAGAUGUUUGUCAGAAUGCUGUUUCCCAGGUCAUCUAUGAGAUUGAGACCAAUGGGACUUUCGGGAUCCAGAAGGUCUCUGUCAGUUUUGGACAAACCAACCUGACUGUGGAGCCAGGUGCUUCCUUAGAGCAGCACUUCAUCAUCCGCUUCCGGGCUUUUCAGCAGAGCACACCUGCUUCUCUUACUGGGCCCAGAAGUGGGAAUCCUGGCUACAUUGUUGGGAAACCACUCUUGGCUCUAACUGGUGAUGUGAGUUACGCCAUGACUCUGUCACAGAGCCAGGGUGAUGGGACUUGUUCUGUUAAGAGACAUGAAGUGCAGUUUGGAGUGAAUGCAAUAUCUGGAUGCAAACUCAGGCUGAAGGAAGUAGACUGCAGCCACUUGCCACAGGAGAUUUAUCGGACUCUUCAUGGAAAGCUGAGGCCAGAGCAUGUUGCCAUCUUUGGCAAUGCUGACCCAACCCAGAAGGGAGGAUGGACCCAGGUCCUCCGCAGGAGCUGCAGUGGUCCGGCUGGGAACUGUACUUCUUGCUGUCUCAUACCUGUUUCCCUGGAGAUCCAGGUACUGUGGGCAUAUGUAGGCCUCCAGUCCAACCCGCAAGCUCAUGUGUCAGGAGUCCGAUUUCUGUAUCAAUGCCAGUCUAUACAGGAUUCUCAACAAGCAGCAGAAGUACCUUUGACGACUCUUGUGAACUUUGUGGACAUUACCCAGAAGCCAGAGCCUCCGAGGGGCCAACCCAGAAUGGACUGGAAAUUGCCAUUCGACUUCUUCUUUCCCUUCAAGGUGGCAUUCAGCAGAGGAGUAGAGUCUCAGAGGGGCUCAGUCUCUCCCCUCCUUACCCUGUGCCUCUUGCUACUUGGAGUUCUCCACCUAGAAACUAAGUGAAGAAAAGAGAAUAAUUCAAUUUCAGUCUUCCCUAUGGGAAGCUCCACAGAGGCCUACUUAUCUUGGCUAGCUAGAUCCUCCGCUGAUAACGACCAGAGGCUAACAGAGGACCCACCUGAAGGAAUCUUUGUACCUGAAAGAAGGCAUUCUAGAAAAGCGAUACAUGUCUUUUAUUCAUCAUAGCUCUCUGCUUAGGGCUCUGCUGGCCACCAGGUACACGUUAGGUUCUCUGCAUCUCAAGCUGGGAAGGCAAAGAGGCUUCCUCCAGCCCUUCUGAUGGUGUCAUGCCUAGCUAAAGGUUUGCAAGAGCCCUGCAGAGGAACACCCUCCUGCUGUCACCCAGAGUGAACUCAGGAAGAGCUGCUCUCUGGACUUUGGAGAAGCUGACUGUUCAGGAUGGAAAACUGCUGGCUGGCUAUAUAUUCUGUCUGGCUCCCAUGCCAAAGUCUGACCACACCCUUUGCCCAAGCAUGAGUGGGGAAAGCAAUUCUUUCUGCUCAAUUUCCAAAAUGCGUGGGGAAUCUCAGCUUCCUUUUCUACUAGCGAAUGACCCCUACCAUUUACCUCUGUUCUUCCUUUCCCUCCUUUGUGGUGAAGAGAAAUAAAACAGAGUUUUGCUCUACUAA